CGAGCAAGGUCAGAAGCCAGCCCGGCGUCGUCGACGAGCACCACGCCGGGCGAGAGUUGCAACACGGGCGACAGAAGCAGCGCAAGUGGUGGUCAAGGAAGUAGUGGAGCGAGCGUCAAUGUCAACGGCGAUGAUGAGGAGCGCAAGAAGCGCAUCAAGCGCGUGUGUACCCUGAAUCGCGCUCCGAGCACACGCGUCGCCGAGCUGGAACAGGUCUUGUGGCUCUUCUCUCGGUUCGUCAAUCCUGCCCUCGGCGCUGCACGGCUGAGCGAUGCGAUGCUCGCGCGUCUGAGGCGUGUGGGUGGAACGCCAGAUGCGGGCCCGGAAGAGGCGAUGGUCGUCCACAGCAUGGUCGGCUAUGUGCGACGGAGCACCGGCGCCGAGUGCCACAGCGCCAUUGCGGCGGCACGGAGCGUCAUGCCGUCGACUGCCGCCUCGCCGCAGGCGGGAUCGUCAGCCGAGCGAUUUGGCGCGUUGGCCCAUCUCAUUCUUGCGGGCCUGCACAUUGGCGAGAACCCAGUCGAGGUUCGGCGCCACGUCUCGCUCGGAUGGGCUGCGAUCGAUGUCGCCUUUGUCAAGGACGGUAAGCCAACCCGCAUUAUGGACCGCGCCACGGCGGCGUCGGACAUGGGCGCACUCAUCCGUGCCUUCGCCGCUUUGGAUGGCCUGAACACAAUCGGCCUGCAGCUGAUGGAGCUUGGGCCGGGUGAUGCCCAUAUGGCGCGCUGCCUCUUCGGCUGCACGUUCAUUCCGUCGUUUGGUACCUGGAGCCCGAUGCCACCGCUGUGGUGGACCGCCUUUCAGACUGUCUACUUUCCCAUUGUCGAAAAGUACAUUGGCUCGGCAGCGUUUUUGGACAACUUGUCGCCGCUUGCCGUCCCGCUCGGCCGCAAGCUCCAGGCUAUUAUGAGUUCUGGGCUUGCGGCUCCCUGUAGCGACGGCGACGCGGACAUUGUUCGUGCACUGCACAACGCCGUUCCUGGCAUGACGCUAGCGCUUGAUCUGCUCAACGCUGACCUCGGCUCCAACUCACCGCUGGAAGCUCUCGCCUGCGGCGUCCCUACCGCUACCGAAGCCGGGUUUCUCUCGUGCAUACUGGACCACAUUGCAGUAGCCGAGUCGCCCUGGGCGCCAACGCGAGUAGAUGAGGCCGUGGCCAUGGUCAACUCGCUCGAUAACGACAUCGUUUUCCUCUCGAGUUUCGUGUCUCUCUUUGCCAUCGGUGCUUCCAUUGUCGCCCUCUCGUCGGCCAUUGUGUCACACUCUGUGCUUACUGGCAUUCAGACCAUGCUGUCGCGAAUCCCCCACGACCCCCUCGCAAGUGUUGUGACGCGCCUUGUCGAGGACGCGUGUCGCAAGGCCGCUGCGCCAAACACGACCGAAGACCCAGCGCUCUCUGGCAUGACGACCUCCUCGUUUGUUGAAAGCGAGAAUCUCUUGUUGGCUCCGCAUGAUGACGGAAGCUCGGCCCCUGCCGACCAAUUGCAUCUCGAGCCUGUCGUCGACAUCAACCCGGCGGAGGAGGCGGGGUCUGUUGACAACCUCCUUGCCAUGCUGCGGUUGGAAGCCAUGCAAGACGACGAUUUCUUGCUCCAAAUUCCCCAAAGUUGAGGAUAGCUUGCGCUACUCUUGCGUCUGCGCUUCUACUCGGAGCCUUGCCGGAUGUUGAGCAUGACAACAAAGACCGAGACAUAGACCGAGAGCGCCUCAAUGAGCGCUACGGGUGUGAUGAGAAGGCCGCAGAGUCGAAAGCCGAACCGCCGACUGCGGAUCCGGAGCAAGGC